UUAUAACUAAGCUUACUUGCUGCUUCCAAUAACAUUAUGCUUUUUGGUUUCUAACGUUUCUUCUCUUCAAGGCUCUCCCGUUCCUUCAGACGGGAGAGCAUUUGAAUUGACACCUGGGAUGCAUAAAUAUGUGCCUGAACAUUGAGAGCACCUUCUCUGAAACAGUUCUGUAGUUAAAACUCAACUGAAAGACUUAUAAACUUCUUAUUGUUAAUACACAAUGAAAUUGCUGGUGUUGUGUAUUUCACGGUGAAGCAGAACCUUGACAAAGAAAGUUUCCUUGGUGAGAAUAAACUAGGGUGCUUAAUUUGUGUGAGGGUUUGUGCUGAAAUGGAGAAAAGGGGUAAUGUAUUGAUGCAUAAGUAUGAGUUUGGAAAACUAUUAGGCCAAGGAAACUUUGCAAAGGUUUACCAUGCAAGGGACCUCAGAAGUGGUGAGAAUGUUGCCAUUAAGGUGAUUGACAAGGAGAAAGUUCUUAAAGUUGGGCUGGUGGAUCAAACAAAGCGUGAGAUAUCUAUCAUGAAACUUGUUAAACACCCAAAUGUUUUGCAGCUUUAUGAGGUCUUGGCCACCAAAACCAAGAUUUACUUCAUCAUAGAAUAUGCCAAAGGGGGUGAACUUUUCAACAAGGUAGCUAAAGGUAGACUCCAUGAGGACAAGGCAAGGAAGUACUUUCAACAAUUGAUCAGUGCUGUUGAUUUUUGCCACAGCAGGGGUGUUUAUCACAGGGAUUUGAAGCCAGAGAACUUGCUUUUGGAUGAGAAUGGAGUUCUCAAGGUAGCAGAUUUUGGAUUGAGUGCACUUGUUGAAUCUCAUCGUCAAGGCAACAUGCUGCAUACAGUUUGUGGAACUCCUGCAUAUGUAGCUCCUGAGGUUAUAAGUAGAAAGGGUUAUGAUGGAGCAAAAGCAGAUGUAUGGUCUUGCGGAGUGAUAUUAUUUGUUCUUUUGGCUGGCCAUUUGCCAUUCUAUGAUUUGAAUCUUAUGUCACUGUAUAAGAAAAUAGGCAAGGCAGAUUACAAAUGUCCAAACUGGUUUUCAUUUGAAGUGCGUAGACUAUUGGCAAGAAUCCUCGAUCCCAACCCAGAUACUAGGAUAUCCACGGCAAAAGUCUUGGAAAAUUCUUGGUUCAGAAAAGGAUUCAAAUCCAAAUUUGAUCAAGUGAAAAGAGGGGCUACAAAUGUGGCUUUAGUUGAUUCUGAUCAAGUUCUUGGUUUGUGUGAGAACAGAAGUGCUGCUGUUGAGGCUGAUCAAGUAUUAGUUAAGCCUACAAAUUUAAAUGCUUUUGAUAUAAUUUCUCUGUCCUCUGGGCUUGACUUGUCUGGCCUUUUUGCUAGCAAUGAUGGACAGGAAGAUAUCAAAUUUACAUUCAUGAGCUCUGCCUCAUCCAUCAUGUCUACAAUGGAGGAUAUUGCUGGCAUUCUGAGGAUGGAGAUAACUAAGAAGGAUGGAGGGUUACUGAAAUUGGAGAGAUCCAGGGAAGAUAGAAAAGGGCUUCUAUCCAUUGAUGCCGAAAUUUUUGAGCUGACCCCAGCUUUCCAUUUGGUUGAGAUGAAGAAGUCCUGUGGUGAUACAUUAGAAUACCAGAAGAUAUUGAAGGAGGAUAUAAGACCUGCACUCAAAGAUAUUGUCUGCAUUUGGCAAGGUGAGCAGCAACAGCAGUAGCAAAGUGGUGUACUCCUUAAAAUAUUCACUGAUUUAAUGUUGUGAAUUACAGUUGUGACAAAGUUACUAUGAUGAAUCGAUAAUUGAAUUGUUGAUAUUUAUACUAUAUAAUACAUGGUUUUUCUUGAGAAUGGCUGCUGAAUUCAGAGAUGUCAUCACAUCAUACCGUCUUUAAUUCUUUGUUAGACUCUGCUACUCCACCAGUUAGCAAUAAAGUUAUGUAAUACUUACUGAUAAUAUUUUUCUG